CCGGUCUGUCAAUAGCCAGCUAAUCUCGGCCCGGGGCAGAAUUUAGGCCAGUUGUGAAAACAAGCCGAGCCUAUCUUACAUAUUGGAUGGAUAAUAUUUCACAGCGGAACUAAAGCCCAUCUGCCGCGGGUCGUCACAACACGACUAAAUUAUUUCAGACACUUAAUGAACUUGUGCGUCAGUUAGUCAGUGGUGUCUUCACUACAACAUGGCGAUGUCACCGCUUGUUGUUAUUCUCAUUGUCGCAGUUGUGGGUGUAUGCAGUGGCCAGACUCUGGUGGGUGAGAUCCACAUGCUGGGUGUCAGGGGCACCGUCCAGACGUCCUGGGGCAACAAUGCCCUCACCGUGACGCUCAACGUGACGGAGACCAUGGGGCAGACCACCGUGGAGAUCCACCCCGUGUGGCUGGAGUAUGACGUGGAGGACAAGUGCUCCAACACACAGCUCGGCGAGGUUGUCGCAGGGUUGAGUCAAAGUGUGACCCUGCAGGCCAACACCCAGACAAAUGUGAUAUUCCAGAACAUUCUCACCUGGGAUCAUGUUACAGGUCACUCAAUAGUUCUGAAAACGGACACUAAAACUAUCUGCGCCACGCUACAAGCAGACGCCACACACGUCACAGCCGUCGCCAAGUUCCGUGGCGUCCUGUCUGGCCUCGUGUAUUUCCGCCAACUCAACCCUACAGUGACAGGUUCGGUAACUCGCAUCGUCGCUGACUUAUACACUGACAAUACCAACCUCAGGAGUCUAUCGUGGAGAAUUACAGACUCAUUCAGUAAUUGUUCGUUGGUUACGUUUCAAAACGCCAAGGUAUAUAACCCAAAUAAUGUUGCCGGCGGUGGAUGCAGCCAGAGUAAUCCCACUUUGUGCGCUGUGGGAAAUCUUGUUGACAAGCUAGGUAACGUCAUCACAGGGGCUACGAAAGGAGAGCGACGGCUUGGAUUUUCUGAUAGAAAUCUUCCUCUUGCCGGAGGAUCGAGUAUAGAAAACAAACUUUUACUUGUUUAUCCCUCUGAUAACAGCAGUUUCUUCUGUGCAGAAAUUAAAAUUUUUGCACUUCGAAAAGCAGUUGUGAAAUUCAGUCAUGAUGGUGUCACAGGAUCUGUCAUAUUUUCUCAGUUGUCGCCCCUAGACCAGACAACGACAGAAGUCAGUUUAACAGGUCUGAGAUCAGCAGCCAAAGGAUACCAUGUCCACCUCUGGCCCACGCCCACAAAGACCGUGGCAGGGCAAGAUCUUUGCGGCCCCGUGGUUGUGGCUGCACAUUUCAACCCCUACAAAAAAGACGUCAACUCCCCAACCUACCCCACUCCUGGGAGUACCACCAACGACAUGUAUGAGGUUGGAGACCUGAGUGCUAAGUAUGGAACCCUUGAAGGUCUCAAUGAAUUAAACAGCUCAUACAAAGACUGGAAUUUACCUUUAUAUGGAACUAACAGCAUCAUUGGUCGGUCUUUGGUCAUUCACCGCAAUGACUCAAGUGCCAGCAGAUGGGUGUGUGCCAACAUCAGACCUCUAGCCCCAGUUGUUCUGGCCAGAGCAACGUUCAAGUUCCCCGUCAUUGGGCAGGUGCUGUUUAUGCAGGAGUUGGACCGGCCUUUAUCAGAAACUUCCAUUUUUUUACUGCUGGACUACAAUGAUGGACGGUCACCAACUCAAGGUCAUCCAUGGAGAAUUAAUACAAAUCAAAUAGCGCCAUUGUCAGCCAUGGAUGACAAAAGGUGCCAGACAACUGAGCCCAUCUUCACACCUGUGGGGGACCUAACCUCCAGACUUGGAACUUUAGAAAUACGGAAUGCAGUCACCAACAAUGAUACAGGAAAAAGAUUGGUAUUUACUGACACAUACCUGCCCCUGUCAGGACCUCAGUCCAUUAUUGGAAGAUCUCUGGUCAUCCUGAGCCCUGGUAGCUCCAGUAUUUUAUCCUGUGCUAACAUCGAGCCCGUACCCCAGCCAACUUUAGCUGCUCACCUGUCCAUGAAUGGUGUUGGAGGGAUGGUCACUUUCACGCAGUCACCUGGAUUUGGGGCCCUAGAAACCUCAGGGGUCAAUGAACUGACAGGACUUACAGAUAGCCACAGGUUAAGGAUAUAUGAUCUGCCUCCAAAUGAUGAUAAGUGUUCAGGCAUUGGAUCAGUUUAUAACCCUCUAAAUGUGAAUACAGUGCAAUCUACUGAUGAUACAUACAAAAUUGGAGAUUUAGAAAGAUUUGGAACACAGAAGCAGUGGGUGAACCUGAAUCUGCCUUUGACUGGCCUGACAAGUGUUGCAGGGAGGAGUCUGGUUGUAGUGGACACCACCAGCAACAGGAUUGUGGCUUGUGCUACCAUAGUGACGCACAUGUCUGAUGUCAGCGGCCAGCUUGUCACUGCUGUAUCCAACUUCACUGGAGGAAUUGUGGGAACUAUUUUUUUGUCUCAGACAGUGUAUACUGAUGGCACAAUGAGUGACACUUCAAUCACUGUUCACCUGAACGACUCGACAGGUGCCAAGAGUCCAUCCCACAACUGGCACACCCACAUGUACCCAGUGAACGGGGACAGCAACGCCACCACAGCCAGGUGCAACAGUACUGGCCUUCAUUUUGAUCCUUACAAGACAAUAGUCAACACGAUGAACUACAACAGUGAAUGCAGAGCUUUAAAUCCACUGCGGUGUGAAGUUGGUGACCAAGCCAUGAAACUGGGCACCUAUGAUGUUGGAAGUGGGAGAAAGUUGGUCACAGAUGUUGAUUUACCGUUAAUUGGGGAAUUUUCAGUGCAAGGCAGAUCAAUGGUCCUUCAUGUGAGUGGGAUGGGGGCAACAAGGCUUGCAUGUGCUGAUAUCAUUCCUGUCACAAGUGAUGCUGUGCCUGUUGAGUUCAAGACUCCAUCUUUGUUAGACAAGCUAGGGAUAGCAAAGGUUUAUGCCAAUGCUAUUGGAGCUUCACGUACAGAAGUAGUUGUUCAACACAUCAGUGAUGCAGCUGGUAAAACCAAAGUCUUGGUGCAUUUUACAGGCUUUAAAAGGAGUUCACUAAGGAGUUUAUUUGUUCAGUACCUCAAUGCAAAAAAUCCAAGUUUGGCACCUUACCUUCCUGAUAUUAAUACUGCAGCAACGUGUCUCCCAUCUGUAACAGUUGUGUUUGCAACUUUGGCAGUCUGCCUGCUCACCUCAACAUUUUAACAGCCACAAGAAAACUCUUUUACUUUUGUUAUAAAUAAAAUGUUAUGCAAUGUUUCUGACUGUAUAUAAUAGUGUCAUAUAUUUGUAUUUAGUUUUAUAUUGUAAAAAAGUUCAGCUGUACAAAAGAAAAUGUAACAUAAAGAAUUAAUAUAAAAACUGUAAAUAUUAGUAAAUGUUUUGUUCUUUAUAUUAUUUUAGCUUUCACAUUUUUUAUGUUUUAUAGAAGAGAACUAUUAUUAAGAAUAAUAUAUUUUUAGGCUUAUUUUUCUUAUUCUUUCUCAAAAUGUUGGCGAAAUGAAGCCUGCUAAAAAUAAAGUCUGUAAAAAAAAAAUCCUCCAGUCUAAAAUUUAGUUCACAUUCUCAUAAAGUGUCCACAAACUUUAUGUUUUGUACAGAAAAAAGAAAAAAGUUUUAAUGUUUUAUUACUUUUCUAAAAAAAAAUUUUUAAACUCCACUGGAUCUACUUGCUAUUACCGAAAUAAAUAAAUCUGGUAACAUGUAUAAAGUUUAUUA